CAGCGUGCGAACGUAUCGAGAAUUCGUUCUUCCUUUACUCCAUUGCAAGUUUUUUUUUGUAAAAUCAUUGAAAUUUAGUAACGGUUAGAAACCGUGUUUCGAUAAAACGAUUGUACGUUGACAGUGAAUCAAAAUCUUUGGGUGAAAGAUUCUUGUGCUCAGGUUUUUUGUGAGUGAUUUUUAAAAAUAAAUUUAAUUAAGGUGGUUAUGCCGGUGGAAUUUGAACCGAUGGCACCUGUCGCUCAUAAAACCAUCUCUCAUAAUGGAGAGAAGAUGAAUAAACUGUGCCGUCAACUCUCGAUCGAGAGCCCAAGCGUGACCGGUCGGGAUUGUGUCUUCAGUUUCGAUGUACCCGUGCCGGAUGUGCCGGCGCAUGGUGCCCGCAUCCGGGUGGUGUGCGCUGGUGCUUGUUACCAUCCUCGACGAUCACCGAGUCUGACCAGUUUGACCUCGGUCUCGAGUGGCAGUAGCCUGGCCGCCGAUAUAUCCGUAGAGAGCGAUUACCCGGUAUUUAUACCGCAUCAUGGGGUACGCGACGCUGCUCUAUUCCCUGGCUACGAAGUGGCUGGCGUGAUCGAAUCGUUUGGCACCGAGGUACCUGAAGACCGCGAACUUGCUGUGGGCGACCGCGUUAUUCUCUAUCCCUAUGAUGGCAUUCCCAAUGGUUACGUCGAAUAUCUGGUAGUGCACGACCUCAAGUACCUGAUCAAGCUUCCGGACAAUAUGUCACUUAGCGUGGGAGCUAUGCUGCCGGCCGGCGCGCUUCUCGCUAUGAACACCGUCUUCGCCGCGCACGAACACGUGCAGGCAUUAUUGAAAGAAAGGGGUGAAAACAGCGUGUGCAAGAUUCUUGUAGUUGGCACAGGUGGCCUUGCCUUGUGGGCCCUCAGAAUCGCAUCGUAUCACUUCAUCGCUGACAGUAAUAUGAGAGAUAGAGUUACUACUACGAUAGCCACUCUUAAGGACGAUGGUCUUCUCAUAGCUCAGGAAUUCCAACGCAACAGUCGGCAUAUUCGUUACAGGGUGAACGUAGUACAGUGGAACGAGGAUCUUUAUGAGAAGCAGUUGAUCGAACGCACGAUGGAUGCCUGUGGUGGCCAAGUAGACGUGGUAAUCGAUUUCGGCACGACAUCACGCAAUCUUCAUCGCAGCAUGCAAUGCCUAAGUAAGGGCGGUGUAGUGUUUGUGAUCAAGGAAGUCGCAGAUCGACUACUGCCCAAGUUUAGCCGACGAGCGGAAGAGCGGCAGCAAUCUAUCAAACCGGUAGAACCGGGUACUUUGGAGCAAUUACGGGAGCUGGUGCAACUAGUCGCCUCGGGCGACAUCCAGCCGCCUCCGCACACCGUGUAUCCCGCCGAGGAAGCUCUGGACGUCGUCCAAAAGCUUUGUCACUCGGAGAUCCAGGGCCGCGCGAUUCUCCGCUUUUAUCCCGCGGACUAGAAGAUUUUUCGUUGAAAGAUUUCUCCGCGAUCGCAGAUCAGGCGACAGAUUCGACGACGACGACCGAAAAAGUCCGGAUCCGGCCCGGGUGAUGAGAGUUGUACAAUUGAGAGUUACUACGGCGUGUGCGUUUCGAAGUUUCAAUAUGUAGCUGAGAAGAACUAUCGAGUACAGAAGUAACUAUAUUGCUUCAUAUUGAGGGCCGGAGAUUAGAUAAAGCGUUGAUACGUGUAUGUCCUGUAGGGCGAUAGUUUGCGAAUGAGGGGACUUGACUACAGGAAUGAUCUUCGUAGAAGUGACACAUAAACUCGAAGAGAUUUGAUCUACCGAGUCAAAAAGAUCUCACAAAAUCGACAAAAUUUGACGAUACACGAAUGAAAGAAUUGACGAAAGAACGAAUAAAAGAGUUGACGAAAGAAUGACGUUCUUAUUUAUAUGGAUGAUCAAAUAUUAAUUGUUAAUUUGACAGAAUUUUUUUGUAAUAACAGUACGAAAUACUUUUGAAUCCAAUUUAAUUUCAUCAGACUUUUUGUUGAUUGACAAUUCUUUUUAAUGCUAACCAAACGUGUAAUAUUUGAAGGAAAGUUUUCAUAUAAUAAACGAAUUCUUUUCUGUAAAGAACUUUUUUUCGAAAGUUUGCCAAUGAAAUGAAAAAAAUUAGAAAAUUAUUAUUUAAUAUUUUAGGAAUUAUCUCACUUUAUGCCUUUCUUUUAAGUAACGAGCAAUUAACUUUCAGAAAUGGGCAGAGAUAAUAAUGUAUACGUCAAUCCAUCACACGGGCAUAAGAUAACAGCCUAGAUAGUACGAAAAAAUGACAUAAAGCUGUCAUGCUUAACAAAAAAGGACAUUAUCGUUAAAGAAGCGACGCUCUCUAUUUUCUAUUAAUGGAUGUCUAAUAUUUGUCGUUUCUUGGCACAAAGUAAAAUCCAAGAUAACAUUAUAAUGUAUGCAUAUUUGUGCCGAAUGCACUAAUGCAGUUAUGAGCAAUUAAUGUACGAGGUAUUCUGUUUCGUAUUCAAGAAUUCUUGAAUAGAAACAUACUGAUUGGAGACACAAAGCAAUACAGUUGUGUGUCUCUUCGACACGUGUGAAGCUGUGGUAUUAAAACGCGCACGUAAUAAGAUAAUUUCGAUGUAUGUUGAUUAUUUUUACUAAGAAUUCAAGAGAGUACCAGCAACUAUACAAAAUAGUCAUAUUAACUAUACUGUUUUUAAUAUUUAUAUUGUAGUUAAUACGAGUACUUAAAAGUCGUUGGUGCCUAGAAAUAGUGAUAAAAAAAGGAUUAAAAGAAAUGAAACAACUUCUAAUAUAAUUGUAUUAACUAUACUACUUUAAUUAUAACUACAAAUAGCUAAUAAUGGCUAUUUAAAGUUGCUGGUAUUUGUAGAAACAUCGACAGUAUGAGAAGAAUUAAAGCUAAUAUUUUUGCUGAAAACAUAUGAAGGAAUGUCGAGAAUUUUCCUAUAAGAUGUUUUAUUGAUACCGCUGUAUUUAGAGCAGAACAAUCGGAAAGAAGUCUGUAUUUAAAAUGCAUUUUCAAACGAUCUUUAUUUAAUUAUAUUAAAUGUGUAUAUUGUUGAACAAUUUUUUUAAAUAUAUAUAUAUAUAAACGUGACAAGAAUACAGACUUUAUAACAACAGCGGUACAUUCGAUAUGAUCAGAAGAUUUUAGGAGAGACAGAUUGAGACAGCGAUCAUUCACGUUAAUUAUGUGAUGAGAACCAGCGACCUUGUUGAGCACGCAUUUAUUUCAAGCGAUAUUCUUUAUGUGUUGGCGGCGUAUAUUGCUAUGUAUUUUAAUUAUCGAGAAACUUUGUCGCGACAAUAAUGGUGACAGAUUGAUAUAUCUUGUAAUUAUUUGAAAUAUACAGAGUCACUACUAAUUGUCACGAAUGUUCCACGAUAAUUAAUUGAAGGACACCGAUGAAGAUACCGCUGACGCAGUACAAAAGUGUACUACUGCAGAACCCAAAACAAGUCCGAUAUUUAUGAGCACACUUCAAUGCAUACUGCAAUGAAUAUUGCAGCACAGGAUCAAACAUGUAUAUUCAAUGUCAAUUCAGGAAUAAUAUUCGAUCGGAUGCGCCUGUACGAGCGCCUAGAAUAAAUUCCCCGUUAAGAUAAGGAUGUUGAACUGUAAUAAAUAUCUGUCCUACCAUAAAAUGACACGUCGUCGCUAUAGCGAGGUAAUCCCGAAACUUAGUAAAUAACGUGUCUUGAAAGCUAGGAAUACAGUAUCAAUAAGAUUCAAAGUUGUUUCUUUGUAAGGCAGGUACAGAAAAAAAUAAUCGCUUCAUAAAUAGACCUAAGAACAAUCGCUUCAUAAAUAGAUUCUAUUUUUCAUGAUUUAAAAAUUAUUAAGACGAGUUCCUUCACAGCACACAUCUAGUUAGCGGAUAUAUGCUUUUUCAGACGUUCUAGUGUGAAAGAGUGAGAUAUAUACCGUAUCCGUACAUAAAAAUAUUUUAAUGAAUUGAUAUACUAAGAUAUUUAACUAUAUGUUUAAGUUUCUUAAUAUGUUUUCCGAAUCAGAGGCGAGCAUACAAGUAUGCUGAAUUUAAACGCAUCAGUGCUGACCAUGCCUGAUAUUUUCCUAUAAUUAAACUUCCUUCCGAGGUCUAGAUGAUCACCUCGCUACAUCGUUAAUAUGCCACUUUAUGGUACCAUGUGAAUAUUUACGUAAAGUAUGGCGUUACUUUACUUUAAGAUUCUAUCCGACAUAAUUGAGAUUGUAUUUAAAAUGAAAUGUGUCGCAUAUAAGAGUGAACGUGAAUUGCGUUUCAAGGUCAAGAGAAACGAGCGAUCGUAUUAAAUGACGAGUAGUUGCACGCUAACCGGGCCUUGCCGUCAUAUCUGCCGAUGGUUUCGUGAAACUUAAACACGACAUCGCGAAUCCGAAUCUUAUCGUUAACCGGCACAAUAAUAAGAGCAUAAUAUACUUUACUGAGCGUGUACACUCGUGUCCAGAAUAUCUCGUUGAUCGUCGUUUAUCGUUAGAUCAGUAUUCACCUUUUGCUUAGCGUAAGUUAAUGUAAGUUCGUUCGCGUAAACUUGCGACAUAAUGCUCGCGUCGAUCGUAAUACAAUCGCAAGUUGUACCUCAGAAAGACUGUUCUGUUUAUUUUAAAUGGUAUAUUGAUAUACCCCUCAUUUUUAAUUUUUAUCGUAUAAUUUAGGCGAUAGCUGAGGGUCGUAGCGCAUUAUGUAAUAUUAUUGUAUUUACUGUUGAUUGUAACAGUAAACGCAUUAUUACAUUACGGUGAUAAUAUAGCCAAUGUCUUAUUU